ACUCUUAAAGUUUUGGUUUUGUUAUGUGUUUCAUUUGCUGUUUUUUUUUAUUCGGAUUCAGAUCUCAACUGGGUUUGUGCUUUUGCACUUGUUUUGCUGAAUGCAUUGCUCAUUAAUGCAGAAUGUUAAUGGGCUUUGUCUCUAACUUUGAACUAUUGGGAUUCUUAUAAUUUCUUUGUUGUUUGUUUUGUAUUUUAUGUUCUUUGCAUACAUGCGCGUUAGUUUUUAUUGAUUUCUAGAUGAAGGUGUGCUAUCUUAAUUAUACAUUUGAAACCGACACAAGUCUUGAACUGUAUACUGUGAUGAUGUGAAAAUUGAUUUGCAGGGCAUUAGCCCAAAUACAGGUCUUUGAUUGGUCUAAAAUUCUCUUACCUUUUUGUCUAUAUCAUAGCAAUGUUGAGUGUUUCAAGUGAGGAAGAUUUGAGAUCUAAAAGUAACAUAUCUGUGCUCUUCUCUUACUGUAUUUUAUCUCAGAUCUGGAAGGAAAAUAGGUUGAAUUAAUGAGUGAAUUCUCAUUUGAUGAGUAUUAGAUAGGGGUAAGGUUUUAGAUAAGUAAGGCCUCUCCACUUAAUAGAUCUAGGUGGGGUUGAAUUCUUUGACGAUUAGGAUUUCUCUGUAUCUGUACUCAUUUUAUUCGAAGUUGAACUCUGUUUGGAAAAGCAUGCAUUAAGUUUUAUGUAGUUAUCUGGCAGGGGGAGUGGUGGAAGAGCUAGGUCUGCUAUAAUUCAAGUUCAUCUUAUUGUAGGAACUGGUGUUCCUGUAUCCGAAGUAAAUAGAAAUGAAUGUCAAUAUGCAAUUGUUAUAGCUCAGAGUUUCAACUUGUGAGAUCACACAUUCUGUCAUUUAAUCAUUUUAAAUAUGGUCAAAACUGGAAUGCAGAAUAGGUACAAGGUGAAGUCUAAUACAAACUGGCUUGUUAAAAAUUUGUUAUAUGGCAUCUUUUAGGACUCCAAUGUUAGCUUGUGCAUAUCUAGUAUUUAAAUGACCACUGUGUACUGAAGACUAUUCACUUUCUUCAUUACAGAAAAAUAGAAAACCAUCACUACGUUUUUUAUUUUAACAUAUCACAGUUUUUCUCACCAACAGAUCCAAUUCUUCAGUUUCCUGGUAAUACUCUAAAAUGAGAUCAUAAUCUUCAAGCAAUUGAUAUCACAUAAGGGAACACAUAUAAUGUGGAAUCAAUCAAUUCAAAUGGAAUAUGAGCUUUGGAGGAAGAUAUAUUUUACGUGUGUUGGUGUAGACAAACAAUUGUUUAAGUUAGCAUUUUAUAUAAUCUUAUAAAAAGAAAUGCAAGAAGAAAAUGACUUUUGAAAGAAGAUAUUUAUGAGGUUGGUGUGAACAAUUGAUGAGAUUUGCCUUUCAUCCUAUUUUUCUAUUUGUACUUUUAACUUCUUUGAGUUUUUCCUUUUACCAGUUUUACUUGUGUUGCACAACAAAUACAAAUUACGCUAUGCCAAUAUUUUCCCUUUUAAAGCUAUUCCCUCAUUAUGCAGCAGCUGCGAUAGAUGUUCUUAAGUUCUUUUCAAAUCCUUUGACAUUCUGAACAGCAAUAACUGUAAGGAGGCUUGGAGGUACUUCUAAUCUUUAGAAGGAAACAAUUAUUAGUACUUUUGUAUAAUUAUUGUGAGGAGUGGUCGUUCAAUUUUGGAUAUGAUGGAGGUCUGUGCUGAAAGUUCCCAUUCUGAUGGGAAGCAAACUUCGAAGCAUUCUAAAUCUGCAGAUGAAGUGAAAAGAUCCAGUGAGAAGACCUACAAAAGUUCUCAUUCAAAUGGGAGACAAAUUUUGAAGCAAACUUCUACCUUUGUUAAUCAUGCUGCAAUCGCUUGGCAUGAGAAUAGAAGAAAGUGGGUUGGUAAUAAGUCUCAGCAUCCACCAAGAACGGCUAAAGAACCUAUUAUUAGCUGGUCAACAUCAUAUGAAGAGCUGCUUUCAACUAACGAACCUUUUGCACAGCCAAUACCCUUACAGGAGAUGGUAGAUUUCCUAGUUGAUAUUUGGUUCGAUGAUGAAGGCCUCUUUGACUAAAAUGUUAAACGGCAACUGAAACAAGAACUAUGUAAAGCCUUUAACUUGAUGGAAGAGGAAGACUUUCGAGGAUCUCAACACUAACCUACUAGCAUCAAAUCCUUUUAUAUGUAAUGAUCUUCAGGAUAGAAGGUUAUUUAUUAAUUAUUUUCCAACAUUUAUCUAAUAGAAAAUUUCAUUGUUUGAAAAAAUAUAAAUCUAUUUUUAGUCCAUUGUUUUGAUAGAUGUUUUGAUCUGUACUCCUUAUACAUUUCUAGAAUUGAAAACGUGCCAC